GACAUCCGAUUGGAUGCACCGCACCGCGGGCUUACGUGCCUCUCGCGAUUUAAUUUCUAGGGGGUAGGGACAAGGGAGUAGUGACUCGGGAGAGCGUCCACUGCCAUCGAAGUACAAGGAAACGCAUAGUGCUAGCUCUCGUUUCUCGUAGAAUUUUUCCUUCAAGUGUUUAAAUCAUGGCACGUACUAAGCAAACAGCUCGUAAAUCAACUGGAGGUAAAGCACCUCGUAAACAACUUGCCACAAAGGCAGCACGUAAGAGUGCCCCAUCUACUGGUGGUGUAAAAAAACCACAUCGAUACAGGCCUGGUACUGUCGCUCUUCGAGAAAUCAGAAGAUAUCAGAAAUCGACUGAGUUGCUGAUUAGAAAAUUACCCUUCCAGCGACUGGUUCGUGAAAUUGCACAGGAUUUCAAAACCGAUCUGCGUUUCCAGAGUGCAGCGAUUGGAGCUUUACAGGAAGCAUCGGAAGCAUACUUGGUUGGUUUAUUUGAAGACACCAACUUGUGUGCUAUCCAUGCCAAGCGUGUAACAAUCAUGCCCAAGGAUAUCCAGCUGGCCCGGCGAAUCCGUGGCGAGCGUGCUUAAAUAAUAUGUAACUCCCAUACAUACCAUUUACUACUACUACUACUAUUAUUAAUUAUUAUCAUUCAUAACAAUCCUGGAUGGAGCAUUUUCAUUCCAGACUAUGUAUUAUGUUGUACUCCACAAAAAACGUACAAGUUCAUCCUUAUGAUAGGUGCAUAGAUUUUGAAGCUCUUCUAAAUCAAUGCAGAUUGUUACAAACUAUUUUUAGUACGUUUGUAGUCUUUCCUUUUGGCAUUGUUUUAUGUACACACAAAGGCUGCAUUACUUUACAAAAAUAAUUAAUUGCAGAUGAUAAUUCUUGUCUUUUAACUUAAUUCACAUUUUCUAUCAUUUUACACUCUAAUUAUAAAAUAAAAAUUCAUACAAAAAUUUAAAUAAAACAACAAAAAAAGAGACAAAUCUGCAAAUACUCUAAAACAUAAAAAGACCAUUCUUUUUUUCAUUUUGAUCUGAUUAUUGUAUUUGUAAUUAUAUCAGCACGUAACACCAUCAUUGUGAUUAUUGGUAUAAUACAUAGCAAAACCCUCUGCAUUAGAAAGUAAGGCAGUUUCUUUAUAGGGAUUCAAAGUAGUGUUACUAUGCUAGAAUUUCAGUUGUAUGAAAAUUACAUAGAAAUCAACCAACAAGUACUCAUCGUGUAAAGGUAAAAGUUUCAUAAAUAAAUCUUCAAAAUAAAGUUAACUUACCUUUGUCUCUUGUAGGUAAGCACCACUCUACAAAUUAAUGGAUAGAAUAAACUUGAAGAAUUUGAAUGCAAGUAAUUUGAAGAUUGUUUACAAUAUUUUUAUUUUACAAAUAUUUCAAUUUUCUUUUACAAAUUUACGUUAUAAAUAUUCUAUUAAUUGCUAUUAUUUGGAUUUCAGCAUUAUUUGAAAGUCCAGUUUACAAUCAGUUUGGUAUUAACGAUACAAUUGAAACUUCAUUUGAAUAAUUUUUAUUCUUAUACAUUUAAGCGAAGUCUAGUAAGGACUGACAAUCUCCUUAUUAGAUAAUACAUUCUAAUUAGCAGUGUUAGUAUGUUUUCUACUUUGUAUAAAUAUUCAGAGAUCUGAAACUAUUUAAAAUUAUGCAAGUGGCAUGAAAGCACAUAAAUUAUAUUAAAAUGUCUAGUACCUGUAGCUUUUACAGUCUGAAGUAUAAAAUUGAACUACUUUACGAUGCAGGAGAAAAUUCAUUUGUUAUUAAAAAUAGACAUAUACCUUAACUUACUCUAGAAGCUAAAUUUGCACUGGAUAUUACAGUAUCGCAAUGUUCCUAAAUUGUGUCAAAACAUUUAAUCGUGUUAAAAUUAUGUACUGGAAAUAAGAGCUCACAAAUUAUUUACUUAAUAUCAUCUGUGAAUAUCUACAGAACUUAAAUGUACUACACGUCUACAAUUAUCACGUCAUCAACUUUAUACUUAUAUCAGAAUAUUUACAAAAUUUAUUCAUAUCAUUGCUAAGCAUAUUUUUAAAUUACGAUAAUAACAAACAGUAAAUAAUAACUUCUAAAAUUCGCUGAUUUUCGUCGGGGGAAUUAAAUAAUUAUUAAACAUAAAUAAUAAAUAAUGUGAUGGAAAUAAAAAUUUUCGUUUAACCAUGAACUCAUAAUAAAUUAAUAAUUGAAAUUUGAAUCAGAAUUAAAGCGAUUUAACAGGAAUUGAAGCAUGUAUGUUGUACGAAGUAAAAAUGUAUUGUUGUUAUAUUAUCCGUUGUUUAUAAUCGAAUGUGGUUGCUGUUGCCAGAGGCAAAGCCUCGUACCUGCCGCCUAGUCCUAAUUAAAAAAUUCAAUAUUCUUUUGUUACCAUCUGAACACUGAUAAUUGUGAUUUGUGAAUUGAAUAGAUAUAAAGUUGAUCAGCGCUUCCCAAUCGUCCAAAUAUUGUUUUUUCACAUUCUAUUGUUCAUAAGUGCGUACUAUAUACGUAUACAUCUGAGAUUCAUCUGAGUUCAGCUGAGAUUUUUGCUACCUUGUUACGAUUUUGUUUAAUACCUUAAACUGCACAUAGGUAGCUGCAAUGUUAAGAGCAUAGUAAAAGAUUGAGAAAUGCUGUACACAUUUAUGAAUUGUGCAUAGACUGUACAACAUGCAUAUUGAGACGAGUAAAAGAAUGCUCGACAAUUUGCAAUUCAUAAUACUUGCUUCUUCAAGGUAAGCCUUAUUUGCAUUAAAUAGUUAAUAUUAAUGCAUGAACUACAUGAAACUGACAAAACACAAGUUCUAUAUUGUGCAAUUUAGAAUACCUAAUCCAAACAUAUAUGUAUAUACAUAUAUACAUAUACAUAUGUAAUGGAUGGUUUUAUUGUGUACACAGAAUGAACAUUACUGACAGAAGAUAUAAAAAUGACAUAUACAUCUCAUGCAGGAAGAACAUUAUAAAUUGCAACAACUGACGUUGUAUCGCGCAAUGAGUGUUGAUCCCUUUGAUGCUGUAUGUGAAGUUCUUUAAGAACAUAAUUCUCGAAUUUCAAAAAUAAAUUUACAAAUGGAAAGUUUACAGGAGCAUAAAUUUUAAGCAUGAGAGGUCAACAUUCAAAUGUAUAACAUAGAUCGAGCCAUUAUUUUUUCUAUAAAUUAUCCAGUCGCAUUCAGGAUAUCAGUAUUAUCAUAAUAAUUGUUGUAAUAAGCUAACAGUUAAUGUUAUUCAAGUAUCUCAAUGUACGUAUGUAAGCUUUAUAACAAAUAUGCAUCUAUUAUUACCAUUGCACAAGCCAUUACUCUGAAUAUGCAUAUAUAUGUUAUUUACAAAUGCAAUUACAUUGCCACGUAUUCAGAUUUUUCACCUUAUAAGCAAAAGUGAAAUUAUAAAAAUUUAUAACAUUACAACAGACUAUUGGCUCAAUCUAAUAUUCACAAAAGCUUCACAAUAACAUAAACGUACUUAAAUUACAUUUAAAAAGUGAGACACUUUUAAACAGACAGAAACAUUGUGUAGAUGUGGGUAAACAAUGUCAGGUAAUUAUCAUUAUUCGAUUUAAACUGUGAAAUACAAUAAUCCUUGAGAUAAAGUACUAAUAAUUAACUUAGAGAUUAAAUGGAACGGUCAAGCGAGUAUUAAUCUAAAUUAACAAAGGUCCCAAUAAUUCUUUGUAAUAAAUUCAUCAAUAAUUUUAUGUAUUGAGCAUUUCAAGUUUUCUUAAUCUUAUUAUUAAUUAAUCCUAUUAUUAACAAUAGAAAGAUUUUCAAAUUUAAAUUAUUGAGACCGCGUCAAGUAUUAUUAAACUAAAAGAAACGUUUUUUGUAUCACAAAAGUAAGUUCAACAAUUAAAUGCAAUUCUAUAUUCACCUACACCUAUAUUAAAAUGUGAUGAAUAACAAAGUACGAUUAUGGAACUGGAAGUAUUAAGUCACGUUAAAAAGAACUCAAAAAAUUAAUACAAAAUCUUAAAAUUUCAACUUAUUUCCUAUUGUGGUACUGAUUAAUUUUGAUCGCUUUCUCUCAGAGAUGUACUAACAACUAGGACGCAAGACGCCUUAGGCAAUGCAAAAAAAGAAGGUUGCACUACCUAAAUUAGUAGCACAAGCGAGAAGACGGGCUAUACAAAAAGUAAUGCAGUCUUAUGAAAUAUUUUGAACUUUCAGAGACUAAAACACUAGUGAAACUGGGGUCAUUGGGGGCCUUGAUUAUACACAAAUUUGUGUUUUUAGCAUUCACACAGGAAGCACUACAUAUGUAAAAGAGUGAAUAUAAAACUAAAUAAGUACGUUUAAUUUAACAAUUAUCAUGUAUCAUUUUUUAUCACUGUCAAUAAUAAAUUUAUCAAGAGCCCUUUCAUAAAAGGGCGCUGCUGUACUAAAAAUAAUUUAUUAAUUCUUUGAUUGUUGAAAAUAAUUAUCGAUAAUUCGUUACAAAAAUGUGUUACAAUGCAAAUAUUGAUACAUGAUACCAUUUACUACAAGUACACGCAGUGCACAAAGGUAACGGAAUAAUGAUGUAAUUUUUCAACAUUAUAACGUUGCUCUAAUGUUACCUGUAGAGAUCACGGACGGCUUGAUCCUCUCGAGAUGGAUUUUGACAUGUGUUUAGCUUAUUCUCCAACGCCUGUGUUGAUUAAACAAUUGUUAUUAAUACAUAUUGGUUUUAUAAAUAUGUCUCUGCUACCUGUCCAUACUUGUACAGUUCUCAUAGAAAUUACACGUAUAUCUACAAUCAGUGUUACUACUUACAUGUAGGACAAUUGGGCAGGAAAGCAGGAAAAUAGCGUGUAUGUACAAUAAAAGAACGAAAUACAAAGCAAAACAAUCUACAUAAAGACCUGUGUCAUA